GACGACGACGUUACAUCCGUACUACGUUGUAACAGGUCCCAACAGGGGACAGUGUGAGCUUGUAACAGGUCCCAACAGGGGACCUGUUACAACAGGGGAGGUCAACGGGAUGCGGAUCUAGGACCUUAAAAUUGGGUAUCAUCGGCUUGUUCUCGUCAAGGGCAGCACGCUCGUUCUUUUCUGCGAAGCUCUAGCUCGCGACCAGGAGCUGAACGGCAAUAUGGUCCAACGGAUCAAUCCCCCAUCCCCUAAACGGCCGAGGCGCUGGCAAAACACCAGUAGGGGCGAGGGAUAACUUUAACGAACUUUAUGAUACUUUUUACUUUAUUCUCUAGACUCUACAUACAUACAACUGUAAUAUCGAUUCACGGUCCGUAUUUUAUAUUUUAAUGUGGAGCAGCAGCUUUGGAGUUUCAGGCGGCCAUCUAAGCAAGAGGCAUUAGCAUGAUCUGAGGAAGUGUCUCAGCUCGGGCGAGCCUCGAACCAGUCGGGAGUCAGCCGACCGUAUAAGAGAAGGGUGCGGGGAUUCGGUCAACGGUGCAGUCUGCUCGUGGCCCGUCCGCUGGGCAGUCAUCUCCGGCGGUGGUGUGCUCAUCUGCCGAUAUCCCCGGCUGGAACAGCUGGGAAUUAUAAGAAGAAAAAUGGAGACACGGGUUCUCCGCUGUCCGCUGGUCUGGGCCGUUCUGCUGUUCAGCGGUACCGCCGCCGGUCAGCAGUGCACCCCGCUGGUGCUGUGUCCGGCCAUCCUCAGGGACCCAGCCUCUCACCUGGUGGGCACCCGGGCCGCCUGCCCCCUGGCCGACGGCUCCAACGGUGUCCUCUGCCCCACUGACGUCAUCGACCGCAGCCCGGGUCAUGGGGGAUACGACUACCGCUACCGCCCGAUGCCGCAGCAGAACCGGUUCCGGAGCCAGAUACCCCUCCCGCGGCGUCUGACCCGACCCGAGGAGGUCAUCCUCAAAAUGCUCUACCCAGAUGUGGUUCAGCGGCUGCUGAACACGGCUGACUUUUUGCUGCGCUCCAGAGAGCAGAGGGCUGCGCAGCUGACCGCCCAGGGCAGUAACGUGGCCCUGACCAACAGUGCCGAGCAGCUCCAGCUGCUGUUCUCGCGGCCUGUGCUCCAAACCACAGUGGUGCUCGGUCGCGAGGGCGAGAAAAACUCGAUCCUGCUGCAGGAGGCCAGCCGCAUAGGGGCUGUGUUCUCGGGUCGCGCGCUGCAGCCGCCCCUGGCCAAUCACCAGAGUUUCAGCCUGCCCGAUCCGCCGGCGGAGCUACUGCAGGCGGCAGUGAGACCAAAUACCCCCGGCUGCGCCUCGCCCGCGCCACCGUCCUGCGGAGGCAACACCGACCGCUUCCGGACCCACGACGGCACGUGCAACAACCAGCAGCGGCCCCGCCAGGGCAGCGCGCACACCGUCUACGAGCGCUUCUUUCCGUCAGAUUACGCCGAUGGCCUGCACGCGCCGCGGGCCCGGGGUGCGAACGGCCGCGAGCUGCCCUCCCCGCGUCUCGUCAGCUCGCGGGUCGGCGAGAGUAACACCGCCGACAGCCUGGACGUGUUCCGGACCAUCGGUCUGACGCUGUUCGGACAGUUCGUCGACCACGACCUGACGGCGACGCCCGAGUUCGCGCUGGAGAACACUAGCAUCGACGAGGCCGGCGAGGGCGGCGGGUUCAGCUGCUGCAACCGCGACCACUCGUUCCCGGCCAUGUCCCUGCACCCGCUGGCCUGCAUUCCGAUCCGCGUGCCGGCGGACGAUCCGGUGUUCGGUCCGCAGGGCGUCCGAUGCAUGAGCCAAGUGCGCUCCCUGGUCGGAGGAAACGAGGACUGCGUCCCGAGGCCGGCCGCGCAGCAGAAUCAGAUCACGCACUACCUGGAUGGAAGCAACAUCUACGGCAGCAGCGACGAGGAGUCCACGAGACUGCGUCUGCGUGUGGGCGGUCGGAUGCGCACAUUGCAGCCAGGAAACCUCCUCGCCCGCGACUCGGGUCGCUGUUCCACGCACCCCGACGACUGUUUUAUCUCCGGAGAUCACCGAGUCGGUGAGAACAUCGGCCUGGCGUACGAGCACCUGGUCUGGACCAGAGAGCACAACCGCGUGGCGGCCGCGCUGGCGGUGCGACAUCCCGACUACGACGACGAGCGUCUGUACCAGGAGGCGCGUCGCAUCGUCAUCGGCGAGUACCAGCACAUUGUGUUCAACGAGUGGCUCCCGACGAUCCUCGGGUACGGAUACACGCAGGCGGCCGGGCUCGCGCCGGGUUCCUCCCCAGGCUACUCUCCAGAGGCGCGAGGGGUGAUUGCCAACGAGUUCUCCACGGCCGCUUUCCGCUUCGCGCACUCGAUGGUGCACGACGUGUUCGAGCUAGAGUCUCAGGCGAUCGCGCUGGAGCGCACCUUCUUCAACAGCUCCUUCCUGCUGCAGUUCGGCCUGGUGCGGGAGGUAGCGCGGAGUCUCACCACGCAGCGCCCCGGCUGGGUGGACCGCGCCUUCAGCAGCGCGCUGAGGGAGAGGCUCUUCAUCCGACCGGGGAUGCCCGGACUGGACCUGGUGGCUCUGAACAUUAACCGUGGCCGUGAGCACGGCCUGCAGCCGUACAUCACGGCCGUGGAGAACUGCCAAGGGCGCACCAUCGCCUCCUGGGAGGACCUGGCCGACCUGAUGGAGCCCGAGACCAUAGCCAGGCUGCGCGGCGUCUACGACAGUGUCGAGGACGUCGACCUGUUCAUCGGAGUCGUGAGCGAGCGGCGGGCGCGUAACGCUGCGGUCGGCAGGACGCUGCAGUGCCUCAUCGGUCAGCAGUUCAUCGACCUGCGCGACGGGGACAGGUUUUUCUACGAGCACACCGGCCUGCCGAACAGCUUCACACCUGCGCAGUUGGCCGAGUUGCGCCGGUCCUCGCUGGCGCGGGUGUACUGUGACAACGUGCCGGGGCUGGACCAUAUCCAGCCGCUGGCCUUCUUCCAGCCGCAGUUCUUCUCCAACGGGCGCCAGAGCUGCGAAACGCUGGCAAUUCCCACACCAGAUCUGUCCGUGUUCUGAGGGAGCUGUGUGCGAGCAGGUGUGCGCUGUGUACCGUGAGUGUGUAGUGUGCAGGAACGUAGCCCGUAGGUGUGUUUAUAGCGGUUCUGUGAAGGUAAAGCUUUAGCGUGCCAUAUUGAAGAGAAAUGAAUGUAAGAUUUGAUGCGUUAAGAGCUGUGACGAAAUGUGUGUGCCUUGUAAGUGGUUGCGGUUGUAAAGCGCGACUUCUUCAAUACCGCCAGCUGACUGCUUACUGCCUAGUGGUAGCACAAGUGUGCGUUCACAAUGCAAUAAGCAGCAAAUUGCGAAAUUUAAAUCCACAGAAAGAUUACAACGCCGAUGGUACAGGAAAGCGGGUAAUGUCCAAUGUUCAUUCAUGGGAAAGCCGUCGACAUCGGCAUAUGUCGUCAGAUAAUGAUGAAACAGCACAGCUAAAAUGUAAGAACAUGUGAUAUCCACGUAAAUGUGCAUUGUGCAGUAAGGCCAAUUAUAUAACAGUUGUUAAAUGACACACUUAAAUGAGAUUCGUUCACUGCGGAUAAUUCAGGGACUUGCGGAUCUUGCUUCACUUUCUUUUUAAUCUCUGUUUACGGUGGUGAAUGCAUGCUUGAAUGAAUUACCGAAUAAAAUAACAAAAUAUUUA